AUGAAAUUGGUUGAUAUUUUAUUCGUACUGACCGCGGCAGCAACUGCCAAUGCAAUAUUGAUACCGACUGAUAACGAUGGCUCACUUCAUGCAUCAAGCACUUCCAGUCAAGUGUCUGGCCCAACCAGUGAACCUAGUCCAGACACUUUCGAUCAAAAAUGGCAAGACAUAAUGGAUGAGCUUGAUUUAAACAUUUUCAGUCAAGAUCAACAACAACCAAUAGAUCAAUCCAGUCCAGACACUUUCAACCAAGUGUCUGGUUCAGCCAAUGAGCCUAAUUCAGAAAUUCCCGACCAAGACUGGCAAGAUAUAAUGGAUAUAAUUAAUUCAAGCACUUCCAACCAAAAUCAACAACAAUCAAUUGAUGAACUUGAUCCAAGUACUUCCAAUCAAGACCAGCAACAACCAAUUGAUCAACCCAGUCAAAGCACUCCCAAACGAAGUCGAAAACGACCAAUUGAUGAACCCGGUUCAAACAUUUCCAAAUAUGAUCAGAAACAAUCGAUGAAUCAACCCGGUCCGAGUGCUUCCAAACAAGGUCGGAAACAAUCAAUUGAUGAACCCGGUCCAGGCAUUCCCGACAAAAACUGGCAGCGCUUAAUAGAUGAAGUCAAUUCAGACACUUUUGAAGACUGGCGAGAACUGUUUGAUAUAGUUGAUCAAAGUACUUCCAACCAAAACAAACAACAAUCAACGGAUGAACUUGAUCCAAGUAUUUUUGACGAAAACUGGAUAGACCUAUUUGAUAUAGCUGAUUCAAGCACUUCCAACCAAGUUUCUGGUCCAACUAAUGAGCCUAAUCCAGAUAUUUCCAAUCAAACCCAGCAACAACCAAUUGAUGUAGUUGAUCCAGGCACUUACAAUCAAGACCAACACCAACCGACGGACGAGAGCGAGUCAGAUAAUACUGUUCCAAAUCAAGUGACUGGAUUAAGCCAAAGAUAUCAAAAAACCUUUGAUGGUAUAAAUCGAAGACUUGUAACAUCUAAAGUAAUACGAAAGAAAAAAUACAAAGAAUAUCAUGAAUAUAUAGCUCUUGGAUUGAAACAACGGUUAGCAUUGUCAAGCGAAGAAACGUCUGAAUUAGGGUACAGCCCAAAAACUGAAAUACGAUUGAAACAUGAGCAUUUAGUGGCAAGGAAAAAAGUAAACAGUAUCAGACAACAAUUAAGAAAGUUUGUGAAAAAGCGUGGUUUAGAAUUUCAAGAGCCGGACUCAGAUUCAGAUUGA